CAGUAAACUAGUUUAUUUAUCUGAUAAUAAAUAUUUUAAACUUUUCAAGAGCAGCUUUGUCAUUUUUUUGAAGCAAUAAUUGCCUCAGGUUUACUUCUACUGCACCAACACUAGGGGGUACUAAACAGCCGUAAAUAAGCAGCUGGCGACAGUAAGCUGUAAUUUCUUAGUUGUGCAGUAGCUUGAACUUAUCUGCUGGAUAUAAUAAAAGAAAAAUAAAUAAAUGCACAGAUCAAGGCGCAUCCAUUCAGAUGCUCCUUGAUCUGAAUGGAUCUGAAUGGAUCAAGGCACAUAACAAAAAGGAUGCCACUAGAACACCGUUGUGCCAUAAGUGCGCACUAAAUUUUUCCUCUUGCUCAUUGGAGUGGAACUGUUUUUGAAUACCACGCACAGCUUUGGUUUUCAGCCCUAAGCCCUUCCCUCAGAGGAAGAAGAAACACAAAGUUGGCACUUGGAAGAGACCUCUCUGCGUAAAAAGGAGCGAGCCUGGGUCGUGCGUUGCGCAGAAUCGCUGCUCGCUUACGAUUAAAUUUACAGAAGAGAGGCGCAUCUCCACCUCACAAGAUGCGAGAAUAGCGCGCUGAAUGGUGCUGCCUGGUUUUGUGCACGGAGGACGAAAAGUUGCGCAAAAAGCCCAAGUCCUGCGCCAGGAGAACCCCGCUGUUUUCAGUUAGGCGCGUGGCACGAUGUCGGCUCUACGGAGGAAAUUCGGCGAGGACUAUCAGGUGGUGAACACCAGCGGGAGCAUGACUUUUUCUGCGCCGGUGAAGAGGAAGCGGCAGCGCUUCGUGGAGAAGAACGGCCGCUGCAACGUCCAGCACGGUAACCUUGGCGGGGAGACCAGCAGGUACCUGUCCGACCUCUUCACCACGCUGGUGGAUCUCAAGUGGCGGUGGAACCUGCUCAUCUUCAUCCUCACCUACACGGUGGCGUGGCUGGUCAUGGCUUCUAUGUGGUGGGUGAUCGCGUACAUCCGCGGGGAUCUGAGCAGCACCGGCCACGACCCGUCCUACACGCCGUGCGUCGCCAACGUCUACAACUUUCCCUCCGCGUUCCUCUUCUUCAUCGAGACCGAGGCGACAAUCGGCUACGGCUCCCGCUACAUCACCGAAAAGUGCCCGGAGGGCAUCAUCCUCUUCCUCUUCCAGUCCCUGCUGGGCUCCAUCGUGGACGCCUUCCUCAUCGGCUGCAUGUUCAUUAAGAUGUCGCAGCCGAAGAAGCGCGCGGAGACGCUCAUGUUCAGCCAGGACGCCGUCAUUUCGCAGCGGGACGGAAAGUUGUGCCUCAUGUUCCGCGUGGGGAACCUGCGGAACAGCCACAUGGUCUCCGCGCAGAUCAGGUGCAAACUCAUCAAGUCUAGACAGACCCCAGAGGGAGAGUUUCUGCCUCUGGACCAGUGCGAGCUGGACGUGGGUUUUGGCACCGGAGCGGACCAGCUUUUCUUGGUGUCACCUCUCACCAUCUGCCACGAGAUCAACACCAACAGCCCGUUCUUUGAUCUCUCCCAGCGCUCGCUCAUGAACGAGCAGUUUGAGAUAGUAGUUAUUCUAGAGGGCAUUGUCGAAACCACAGGUAUGACAUGCCAAGCGAGAACAUCUUACACGGAGGAUGAGGUCCUGUGGGGCCAUCGAUUCCUUCCUGUCAUGUCUCUAGAAGAAGGAUUCUUCAGAGUGGACUACUCCCAGUUCCACAACACCUUUGAGGUUCCCACGCCUCCCUACAGUGUCAAAGAGCAGGAGGAGAAAUCCUCUCUCACGUCCCCGAAUCCCGUUGCCAUUGCUCCCACUCUCCCCUCGCCUCUGCUGGGCAACAGAGUGGGCCGCCGGGAAAGGCUCCUCUCGGCUGACCACGCGGAGCACCCGGAGGAUCAGGCCUCCAGGCUGCCCAGCAAGCUCCAGCGGAUGAGCUCCACCAAGGAGGAGCACCUGUGGAGGGCGCUGAAGACGGGGACAGCCUUGCCCGGUGGUAAAGCCUCCAGCACUGGAGACCUUUCGCUCAGCAUCCAGCGGUUCAGGUCCAGCUCCAUCCCGGCUGUGAGGCACGGACAGCCUGAGGAGCAAGUCAAGUUGCUGUCCCUCGAUCUUGAUGCCGAUGAGGGGGAUCUGGCGAAACACAGACAGCCAACAGCAAUUAGCACCAUCGGCGCUGCGACGCCAGCACCACUCUCUUUCCCCUCGAUGGGGAGUCGGCCAGAGGACAAUCUACCCGCAAAACUGCGCAAAAUGAACGCUGACCGCUGAGAAAAACUCAAAAUAAAUCUCAAACAGGCUUCAAGGGCAUUGCAUAGAAACAAAGACUACUGUGACCUAGAUUCCCCCCUGCAGUUUUUGUUCUUUACUGUUCACUUAAUGCAAUCUCUUUACUAAGAUUGCCACAAAUAGGACAAUGCCAAUAAGCCAUCCAUCCGCUCAAACUGUGAGUCAGUUUUGAUAGAUCACCAUCUGUGCCCCCCACAGACUUCUAACACUUAUCUGUGUGCUUGUUUUUUUUUUCUACAUGGUUAUAUCACAUGUUCUCUGAUCUUCAUAAACUGCUGUAUGUUUUUCUAACUGAAAAAGCAACAAAGGGAUGAAUAAAUAAAUAGAAAUUACUAUUUGCCAAACCUUCCCCAAACCACUGCUGUUCCAGGCACAACUUAGGAAAAAAAGGAACAUGAUAAAGUAUUGAAUAAGAAUUUUUUUUUGUAAUUUUGUAAUAAUUUACUAUAAUAAUGUAGAUUAUUGUGGUAUAUAAUUUACACUAUAAUUUAAUAGUGUAAAUUUACACUAGCUUAUAGUGUAAAUCAUACACUAUGAAUCACACUAUAAGUAUGAUUUACUUAUAGUGUAAAUCAUACACUAUAAGCUAGUGUACAUUUAUUUUCAGUUGUUUUUUAUAUUAUCUGGCUUUCUUUGUUUAUUAUUAUUAUUAUUUUUUUUGUAUUUAGCCAUUAGCUAUAGCCUAACUCAGGAUAUGUAGCCAUUACUAGUUGAACUCAUGAUUAUGUAGGAGCUACACAGGGAGAAACCAGAACUUUAUUGGCAAAUUGUUGGUUUAAUUACAAACUAGUGAUGAACGGGACUCAAUGUGCUUGAUCAGUUUGGUCUGUUCUACUCAGUGGCCUGUGUAAAGGGCUAACAUUUGCGCUGAAUGGCUAAGGCUAAGUCUAUGUUUGCUAGUGUUACGUUUAAAAUUCUUGCAGAAUACAAAGGUUCGAGCAUUUCAGAAAAUAGUUUUAGCUAUUGCUUAAAACUCUGCAUGUGUCACUUAUUUCAUGAUCAUAACCUUGCAAUUUAAAACAAAUAGGCCUCAUUUAUGCUAACGUUAGCAUAAAUAGCUGGAUAGCAUAAAAUGGGUUUUAAAGGCUCAUCAUGUUUCCAGCACAUUGUGUGUCAUAAUGGGACUUUUUCUGCUUUUUUAACACUGUGAAAAUUACACCCUGAGUGGUUAUGACAUACCAUAAAACUCACAACUCAUAAAUGUGAACCCUACUGUGACUCAGAGUGCACAAGUAAAUAAAACUUAAUGAAACCAGUCUAAAGAUUUUAAUGUAGGAAACAAAGAAUCAACUAGAAUCAAAUUGCAUUUUGUUUUAAAAAGAAGAAAAUCAGCUUGCCAUAAACUGAACAUGUACCACAUAUCCUGGUGCUACAUUGAGUGAGGUGUGGUGUGACUGACUCAUUCAGUUUACUAAAUCAGAUCAUUUUACAUCUCCAUAAAAGAGAAAAACAAUAUAGAUAUAGUGAACGCAUUGAGGUACUAUACUCACUGUUAAUAUAAAGAUACUGUAAGCAACCACUGUACAUUUAUUAAUGGUGGAUAUUAUUUAUACUUAGGACUUACAUCUUCUGAGUUCCAUUUCAGAAAAAUUUGCUGAAACGCCCGAUAAACUGGGAAUUGUGAUUUGGAAUAUUUGACAUCCCUGAGCUACUUGCAGUCACAAAAAAAUGGCUGCCACACACACAAAAAAAAUAUAGUGAAUUUUGCACAAAUAAACAGUUUGAUUUCUGUUUAUUGUAUCUCAAUAAUCCAGUGGCAUUAAUGUACACCCUCUGUUUGCGAACAUGUUCUUUUAGAAUAUGAAUGCACAGGCUGUAAAAUGGAGAGGAAUACUGUAUUAUUGUUGUGUCUUGCUAAUAGUUGUUAGCCUUGUCAUAAAAUGAAAGCUAAAUGCAUAUAAAAUAUAUUCUUUAAUGGAGAGUUUAUUUUGUCAGUCAGCUUUUAUUUAUUUAUUUCAGUACUUAUUUGA